GCCGGGCCCUGCCCCCCGGGCACCGCGCCGCCCUGCCCGGCCCCACCAGCUGGCCCCUGCUCGGCAGUCUGCCCCAAAUCCUCUGGAAAGGCGGCCUCAAAAAGCAGCACGACACGCUGGCCGAGUACCACAAGAAGUUUGGCAAGAUGUUCCGCACGAAGCUGGGCUCCUUCGACUCGGUGCACGUGGGCUGCCCGGCCCUGCUGGAGGCCGUCUACCGCCAGGAGACCCGCUCCCCAAAGCGCCUCCACAUCAAGCCCUGGAAAGCCUACCGCGACUAUCGGGACGAGGCAUACGGCCUGCUCAUCCUGGAAGGAGAGGACUGGCAGAGGGUCCGAAGUGCCUUCCAAAAGAAGCUUAUGAAGCCCAAGGAAAUUAUGAAGUUGGACACCAAAAUCAACGAGGUCCUGGGUGAUUUUAUGCAAAGAAUAGAUGAACUCUGUGAUGAAAAUGGCAGAAUUAAAGAUUUGUAUGCUGAGCUGAACAAAUGGUCAUUUGAAAGUAUUUGUCUGGUGCUCUAUGAAAAGAGAUUUGGACUUCUGCAGAAGAAUGCUGGAGAUGAAGCUUUGGAUUUCAUUACAUCCAUAAAAACGAUGAUGAGUACAUUCGGUAGGAUGAUGGUGACUCCAGUUGAACUCCACAAAAGUCUUAAUACCAAAGUUUGGAAAGCACACACGGAAGCUUGGGACACCAUCUUUAAAUUAGUUAAAUCUUCCAUCAACAACAGGCUGGAAAAAUAUUCUGAGAAGCCCAGUGAGGAUUUUCUUUGUGAUAUUUACCACCACAACUCGCUUUCUAAGAAAGAAUUAUAUGCAACUGUCACAGAGCUCCAGCUAGCUGCAGUGGAAACGACUGCUAACAGCUUGAUGUGGACUCUCUAUAAUUUUUCUCGGAAUCCACAUGUGCAAGAGACACUUCUUAAAGAAAUACAGACUGUGCUGCCAGAUAAACAGACACCAAAUGCCAACGAUCUGAAGAAUCUUCCUUAUUUAAAAGCCUGCCUGAAAGAAUCUAUGAGAAUAACACCUUCGGUGCCCUUUACAACUCGGACUCUGGACAAAGAAACUACUCUUGAGGAUUACACCCUCCCUAAAGGAACUGUACUGAUGCUAAAUACUCGGGUCCUAGGGAUGAAUGAAGAAAGUUUUAAAGACUGGAGUAGGUUUAGGCCAGAGCGCUGGCUUCUGGAGAAGAAGAAGAUUAACCCCUUUGCUCACCUUCCAUUCGGUGUCGGCAAGAGGAUGUGCAUUGGACGACGGUUGGCAGAGCUCCAACUUCACCUGGCUCUUUGCUGGAUUGUAAGGAAAUACAAAGUCAUUGCGACAGACAGCAAACCUGUGGACGUGCUGCACUUGGGCCUCCUCGUGCCUGAUAGAGAACUUCCCAUUGCUUUAUGCCAACGAUAAGUUAGAUCAGGUUCACUACCGGAUUCCAAGAACUGUGAUUUCGUUCUCUUGGAAAAAUGGCAGUUUUAAUGCUGAAGUGUGGUAGAAGAAAAUGCAUUAACAAGGGGAAAGGCAACAAAGGACACAUAUUCCCUUUAUUUUCCUGUAUUUUUCUACUCUGUCAUCUUUCCAAUAUAUAUGCUUUAUGUAUAAAUAAUAAGUUUUGAAACUGCAACCAACUCAGGGAACUGAACUACAUUCUCAGAUACAGGGCGUUUUUUUCAUAUGCUACUAGUUCAACUCUAAAUCAAGUCAGGAGUGACUGGAGUCACUGCCAUCUCAAGGUGGAUAUGUAGCCUAUGUGAAAUUACUUAUUAUCCUACCCUAGUAACCAGUGGGCUGAUAUACCUAUUACAGACUGCCAGAUUCUUCUAGCACAAUAGCCAGAAUGUGAAAAUGUCAUCACUCAAAGUUAAGCCUAAAAUUCAUUUGGGAGUGACAUGGAAAACCAUUUUUGUUUUACGCCUUCUAGGGCUCCAGAUCGUGAUUCAGGAAUCUAUCCCAACACCAAGAACAUAAUCAUAUAAAACUUAUUUCUUAUCUGAACCUUAUCUUUUGUUUAGGUGUGGUUUAUAGGUGCACUUUUUUCUCUUUUUUUCGUUUACAACCUAGAUGUGUUUGUUGCUGGGUUCUAAUUUCAACCUCACUCAUGACUUGCUUUGUGAUCUCAGGAAAGUCAUGUAAAUCACUCAGGGCUUCAGUUUUUCCUAUCCCAGUAAAAUGACUCACCGCAAACAUAAAUGGAUUAAUGGUACUACAUUUGUUAUGAGCUUUGAAGUUCUCAGGAGAGGUGAAAUUUAAAAUACAAGCCUCUGCCUAGAUUUCUCUGUCUGGAGGGCCAACUUCAGAGAUCCGGCUGGCUGAGGCAGGAAAAAAUUUAAUUCUCCCGUUCCAUACAGUGUCAUCAUGUUACACUUGUUUGUGCACACAAUAUUCUGUAUGACAUAAUAAUAAUGAUGAUGGUAUUUGUUAAGC